AUGCAAUUCAACUAUCUCAUUUCAAUCAUCUUCUUAUGCCUCUUGGCAUAUUCCCCAUCCAUGGGUGAGAAUGACGGUUUACCCAAACUACCUUCACCGUUAUUAGUACCACAACAAAAUAUCCAGCUGACAUGUGAAGAUAUUUCGUUAUUGUGCAUCCAAUCAACGCCGUUUACUAUUCAAGAUACCUUCGAAGGGGCCCGUGUUUGUUCAUAUGCAUUCAUGGAUAAAAAUGGAGUGCCAUGCUCCCGUUCUCACACCGUAGUCGAUGGCGUUGACCAAACAUGUCCAAUUUUGGUAUCAGCAAUCACAAAAGAAUGUAUUAGAUCACAUGACCUCUUCAAUUUCCAUGUUUUCGAUCUCGAUGAACCAACCCAUUUCAGAUGCUUUUAUGAGGGUAUCUACUCUGCUGGUGAUGUAGUUCGCAUCUCACCUGACAUGUUGCUUAAAAAGAAUGCCUGUCAAUAA